CUUUGUUGCGCUUAGUUCUACAUAUAGCUAUCUCUUUUAUUUCAACAUCAGAGACUGUGUGGCACACGCAUACUCGUCUUAGUUGUGCCACUUGUUUUGGGUUUCUUUUUUUUACAUUAACAAUAGUCCGAACCGAGACAUAACAAUGUCAUAUAAUACCAACAUCAAGGCAGUAUCUCCACGAGAACAAGUAAUGUUCACCGGAUCCCCUCCCUUUGUCCCUAGUACCAAUAGCAAUCCAAUGCUGCAGAUAGGGCUUCAGUAUGGUCAGAGCAUUCUUCAUCAGGGCCUUCAACAGAGUAAAAAGGAAGUCUCACCCUACAUGCCUUUUUUUCUUACCAAUCUUCGUGCUUAUUUUCGCGUAGAUAAUGUAUAUGUUCGAUCUAAGCUAGCAAUUAUUUACUUCCCCUUUUUUCAGCGUUUCACGAGGUCUUCAGGAUGCGAAAGUAAUGGAGUCGCGACAGAUACCAUGGGCAACAAUGUGGGGUUCGGUGACGAUGCCGUUCUUAAUAACCACCAUGAGUCCACUACCAAGGCUCCACCAAUGAUCUUGCCCAUUCACAACUGCUACGCUCUCGAUCUAUAUAUUCCACUUAUGGCCGCUAUUACCUAUAUUGUUCUCUCUGCCUUUGUUUUUGGAUUGCAACAUCAUCGCUCCGUCACGCAGGAGUAUCUGUUUUCUACUGCUUCUGCAGUAGUCUUUUGGCAUGUCUUAGAGACAAUUGCGCUCAAGCUGUUUGCUCACAUUCUCCAGGUUGUGCGCUGGGUCUCUGUGCUGGAUAUGAUUGCGCUAAGUGGAUACAAGAAUGUCUUAGUGUGCACAGUUGUACUGCUGUGGCGAGUCACCCUCAUGAGUAGCUAUGCUUUUCUUAUACCUUGUCUACUCUACAUCACCGCUGCAAACAGCUUUUUUACAUGUAAAACAAUUAUACGAUUGUGUAGGCGCGAGGACGGUCGUGUGCCACCUCGGGCGCGCUUCUUCUCGUAUUUGGCUUGUGUCCUUCAGUUUCCAACCUUGAUGUGGCUCUGCAUUCGCCCCUUUGGCGUGUGA